UCAUCUGUUGCCGGCCUCGGUGAUAAAAGUAAUGUGCGAAUUGCGCCCCUCUUCGGAGCUACUUUUGAUGCCGAAAGAGCUCCCCACUUUGUGUUUGACCCAUCUGUACCCUGUCCAAGCUUCAUUCGUGCGUCACUGCGCAGGAACACACAACUAGCACCUGCACUCAAUUUCUAUGUACGAGUAGGAUCCGACAAGCUUCGCCGUUGCCGCAUUUCCGACAAUUCCCGGAGAUAAACCAGGACGUGCUUCGAUUUUUUAAAUAUCCAAAGAUCCCCAGAAGUGCUCAUCAUUCUGUUGAUUCAAUUUUGCCCAACAUGGAGCGUUUACCAACAGCGACCCGCCUCCUCAUCACCUCCCUACCAUCGCGAGUGUGUACACACCAGGCCGUCCGACCACGAUUACGGCCCACAGCAACAAUUAGCACACAUUGGAGAGCUCCGCGACAAAAGAGAUUCAUCAGCGCUCCCUCCUCAGCCUCAAGUGCACCCACAAUCGACCGCUCUGCGUCCAAACUUUUCAAGUCUGCCGACGAGGCAGUCGCCGAUAUUCGGUCCGGGUCCACGGUUCUCAGCGCGGGCUUUGGUCUCUGCGGUAUCGCCGAAACACUGAUCAGAGCCAUUCGCGACAGAGGACCAUCGCUGCACUCUUUGACUGCUGUCUCCAACAAUGCUGGCAUUGAAGGUGUUGGUGGUCUCGCUCUUCUCACCAAUACCGGACAGGUCAAUAAACUUAUUCUCAGUUUUCUGGGCAACAACAAGGCAUUGGAGAAGCAGUACUUGAGCGGAAAGAUCACAAUCGAGCUAUGUCCACAGGGAACUUUGGCCGAGAGGAUACGGGCCGCCGGUGCAGGCAUUCCCGCGUUCUACACUCCUACCGCUGUAAACACGCUGUUGCAAGACGGAAAGAUUCCGGCUCAGUUUGACAGUGAGGGUAAUGUGAUCGGCUAUGGUUCACCACGAGAAGUCAGGGAGUUCAAUGGCCGGAAAUACCUUAUGGAGAAGGCUCUCGAGGGUGAUGUUGCAAUUAUUCGUGCUUGGAAAGCGGAUGAGGCGGGAAACUGUGUAUUCCGAUAUACCACCAAAGCCUUCGGUCCCAUAAUGGCCAAAGCGGCCCGCCUGACCAUCGUGGAAGCUGAGGAAAUCGUCCCCGUCGGUGGUCUCAAGCCCGACGAAAUCGACCUUCCAGGAAUCUUCGUGGACCGCAUUGUUCCCGCAACGGUCGAAAAGAAUAUCGAGAUAAAGAAGACCCGGGAUCCCAAGAACGACGGCAAAGUGUCGGAACCUAACGAGGCCGCCGCGCGACGCAACCGCAUCGCACGUCGCGCAGCGAAGGAGCUUAAGCAAGGCUACUACGUCAACCUCGGCGUGGGCAUUCCUACCAUGGCUGCUACAUUCGUACCGGAGGGCCGCACCGUCUGGCUACAGAGCGAGAACGGAAUCUUGGGCAUGGGCCCGCACCCUACAGAGGAAGAAGUAGACGCAGACAUCAUCAACGCAGGCAAGGAGACCGUCACGCUCCUCCCUGGCGCCUCGACCUUCGACUCCGCAGAGUCGUUUGGCAUGAUCCGCGGCGGCCACGUCGACGUCAGCAUACUCGGCGCGCUGCAAGUUUCUGCUUCAGGAGAUCUCGCCAAUUACAUGGUUCCCGGCAAGGUGUUCAAGGGCAUGGGCGGUGCCAUGGACCUCGUCGGCAGCCCCGAUGCCACCAAGGUCGUUGUGGCCACCGAGCACAUCGCGAAGGACGGAACACCCAAGAUCGUACAGGAGUGCAAAUUGCCUCUCACUGGCGCCCGCUGCGUAAGCACUAUCAUCACUGAUAUGUGUGUGUUCGACGUCGAUAGGAAGAACGGCGGACUAACGCUAAUCGAAACCGCACCGGGCGUCUCGGUCGACGAUAUUAGGGCGAAGACUGGAGCCGCGUUCGAGGUUUCGAAGUAUUUGAAGGACAUGGAAUAAAUCUGGUAUAGAUCGUACUUUUUGUAUAUUGAAGGCGUUUCUUUGCAUCUGUGUUGCUGGGUUGGACAUCCAUCAGAGCGUUAUUCUGGUUCAUAGAACUCAGUGACUGGGCCGAAAGAGGCUUGAUUGUAGAUAAACCGUUUUUCGAUACCGUAAAUUUUCAAAUCUUGUUUCUUAUUCGAAUCGCAUGAAGCCUG